AUGGCUUCAACUGCGCCUCAGGCGAGCCAAGCAUGGCAUAACGCCCUGAAGCUGCGGAAACAUCUGCUGAAGCAGUUGGAAAAGAUAAAAAACACUACAUCAUCUGUCGACAUUCCCCAGCUCGAAGCCGCCGAUGGUACUCUCGAAAAAUUUCGUCUUGCCUGCGUGCAGACCGUCUUUCUCGACUUUGAGUAUGCAGUCAACGAAAACACUGAAGAGAUUCUAUGGAAUUUGCAUACAUCCAUCAAUUCCGAAUAUCGCCGCAUUCUUGGCAGGCUGAAGUCUUCGUCCCAGGCCGUCGAGCGCCGGAAAACGGAAAAGCUCUAUAGCAACUUUCUGCGCAUCGCGCAAAAGUUCUACCAGGGCUAUAUCCAACGACUGUCCGCACGAUAUGAUAUCCCCGAGCUCAAACGCGUUGCCAGGGGCAUAGAGAUCGAGCAAAUGACAGCCAGCGACCUCAUCAGCCCCGUUCCUUCAGAGCUCAAUGCAAAAGUGCUCAGGUCCUGCCAUUCGACACUGAUCCGACUUGGCGACCUGGCCCGUUAUAGAGUACAGGCAAAGCACAAGAACUCCGGUUACGACAUGGCCUUGACCUACUACACGCUUGCUCAACACCUCUUGCCCAAGUCUGGUUUUGCUUUUCAUCAGAUGGGUAUCGUGAGCCUCGACCAGGGCAGUCACCUUGAUGGCGUCUACCACUUUUACCGCGCAUGGGCAAUUAAGUUUCCUCAUCCUAAUGCCAACUCCAACUUGGAAAUGGAAUUCAAAUCCCUUCAACAGCCCAGCUCCAACAAAUCCAAACAUGCUUCCUCCGGCCCCGGAGAUGCCUUCAUCAUGUGGUUUGUCCGCCUGCAUGCCCUAUUCUACAAGGGGGAGGCGGCACCGCAGUAUAAAGAGCUUGAGCGUGAAGUCAUUCAUCGACUUGAGAUGGCUGCAACAACUGGGACCAGUCGCGAUAUUAUUCUGAAGAUGAGCUUCAUCAACAUUGCUGCGCAGUACAUAGCUGCAUUGAAGUGUUCCGAAAACAAGAAUGCCACCUCGUUACAGUUUUAUCAGUACAUCUCCAACUUUAAUGUCAAGUUUCUUGCGACUUUCGCAGCUGUUUUGGAGGCAAACCUUAAGGAAAGCAUGUCCAAAGCAGACGACCUUGCUGACGACGAAAACGAAAAGGGCCCGGAAGUCGCAGAAUCAUUGCUUCCUGCUCUACGAAUCUACUCAAUGUGGGUUGCAGUAUCACGCCAAGAACUCUCCGCACAAGCUGCUGCAACUGCUGAAGGGUCUCUCACCGGCGCCAUGAUGGGCACUCUUGCCCGAGUUUUUACCCUCUUGUGCGCGGAAUCGUACAACAAGGACAACAUGGUAUCGUGCCCUUACUUACUACCCGAAGAUCUCGACAUUCUUGGCUUUCAGCCACUCAGUGAGAGCACCGUCCCCGAGCCAUGUCGCUCGUUCUGCGGGCAUAAUGGCAAAGCUAAGCCCCAUCUCUACUCGCCUGAACAGCGACUGAGCCCGCACAUGGAAAAUAUGUCGCGGAUUCUCGACAUUCUACGAUGCGCCUAUUUCCUUGCCGAGGACUCGACUGUACCUCUGUCAUGCCGUGUAAUUGAAGGCUGGCUCCUCUUUGAGUAUCAAGCUUCUCAGCCCACGCCAGAACCACUGGCGGAAGUACCAGCGGUACCACCAAAAGAACCAGCAGCGGCGCCGGCCACCAUCAACGUACAGAAACGUCGCUCAGUGCAGACACAUAUCCAAGAACGCCAAGACAGCCCGAAGAUAUCAAACGGCAAAAAGCCUGAAAUUGCCUCAGCGCCGUCAAAAUCUCUCGCAAACCCACCAGCACCGGCUAAUCAGGAUGGUGAAGUUGGCGAUGCAGAAAGCACAGUCAUUAAUAUGCUUGCGCCUUUCUUGAAGCCUCCUUCACCGCAGCCGCAGUCAGGCAUGGAAGAGUCUGAUGGCCCUUCGUCAUACACGGCUGAGCACAAUUUCGCCAGGGAGUUGCUCAACGCACAUCAACGCCACGUGGAUCCAAGCCCGACGCGGUCUAUUCCCUCGGGCAAGUUUGAGCCUCUGCCAUGGGAGUGGUUCAAUACGCCGAAGCCCAUCCGCGGCGACAAUUCGCCUCUUUCUGCCACAGGCAUGUCGCCCAUCACUCCAGGCUUACCCCUGGGCAAGUUUGACGAUCCCUUUUCCGUCCCCUCGACGCCAAGCCGUGCCGAUGUACCCGCCGACGGUCACUUUCCCCGUGUGCACAGCCAUGGCAACAUUCGUGCCGCCGAAAUGGGUAUCAACCUCAGCGGUGGCUCCACGGCCGAGCACGCACACCGCGCUGCACUCCUCCAGACGUUUGCGGCGGCAGGUGGCCGACCGCCGUCGACGAGCACUCCUCCCGGAGCGCGCACCUCGCCUUUUAGCCACUGGGGUGAGAACAAGGGCGGCAGCGGCAGCGGAAACCGCCACAGCGGACUGAGCGCGCCGCCUGGCUUGCGCGCACCUGAGACGGUGCCGCAUUCGUCCUCGGCCGGCAGCCUGUCGCAGUUUUCUCACCCAAGCAGCGUGUAUCACGGCACGCCCGGCGCAGCGGUAGCGAGCUAUAAUGUCGGCGGUGGCCUGGGCCAGACAUAUGGCGGAGCGUUCAGGGAGCAACAUGCUUUUCAGCAGCAACAGCAGCAACCCCAGUCUAUGCAAAGACUCUUCCAGGCGGACAAUACGACGUCUUCCUACGAUGAAGCCGUUCUUCGCGCUGCAUACGAAGGCAGAAAAUGA